AUGUCGUCGGAAUCUCAACCCAUCUCAGCAGAGCGGUUUGCCCUGGCCAUACAGGAUCUACCCGUCGAAAACUUGUACUCGAAGGCCAAAGAGAUAUCGAACUCGGUCUCUCACCUCGAACGUUCAAAUCAGCAGUUACAGGAGUACAUCGACAGCAUCCGUACGGACACUACUUUACCAGAAAGUACGAGGCAAGAAGGAGACAGGGACUGCGCCGAGGCGAUUCAAGAGAACAACGUUGUGAUCGAGCGGCAGAAAGAGAGGAUCGAUCUCUUGAAGCGUGAGGUUGAAAGAAGAGGCGGAAGAUGGCACGAAGCGGAUGAUGCCAAGGAAACAAAUGGCAGUACUGUGCAAACUACCACGGAGGAGGCUGCUCCGGAAGCACGCAGAAGCACAGGAGGUACGCUCACAGAUGAGGAGUUACGCAGACAAAUGAUGGAACGACUCGGGGAGGGAGACGACGAUGAGGAGGGAAUGCACCUAUGA